CUAAAAUCAAAGCUGUACAAACGAAAAGGUAUGUGUUUGAAGGCCUUGGGUCGACCUGGCGCAGAUCUAUCCUUCUUGGAAGCUAUGCUUUGGCUCAAUAAAACCAGUAUGAGUAGAAAUGAAAUCAACAGAAGUAAAAUCGAAUUGAAACAUUUGAUGUCCAGUCCGUGCACAGUUGCUAAACCUGAAGCAAAUCCAGAACUAUUUCCACCUCCAAAGAUAGUUGUGCCAAACCUGAAAAUUCCCUGCGCUUCUGACGCAGUUGAAAUUGCAUAUUCAAAGAAAUAUGGCCGGCAUCUGAUUGCUAAUCGUAAAAUUAAGCCUGGAGAAGUUUUGGUGGUAGAAAAAACAUUUUGCAAAAGACUUCUGCCCCAGAACAUGUAUAUGCACUGUUCAAAUUGUUGGCAACUAUCCUGGGCUAUGAUCCCAUGCAAAAGCUGCAUCAAUGUAGCAUACUGUUCAGAAGCUUGUAAAGACGAAGCCUGGGAGAGUUACCAUGAGGUGGAAUGCACAGUUAUAGGAUUUUUGAUUUCUCAUGAACUCAAUGACGAUAUUUUCCUAACCAUGAGAAUGGCAAUAAUGGCCACACAAAAAGGCAAGAAGAUCGACGCAUUGAAACAGGAAUUAAUGACGAUUGAUCAAAACACAGAUCCAUGUACCAUGGGAUGCGACAAAGAUGGUAUAUUCCAUAGCGACAAUUACCGUAGUAUUUAUUGCAGCAAGUUUGGUGGAGGCAAUGAAUGGGUGACUGAACAUUUACUUUCGGCAACAAUUUCAAUAGCCAUCGCAAUGUGUAUGCUAGUGAGAGAGAGUAAGAUGUUCGGCGAACGGCUAGCAUUGCAUGCAUCAUUGAAAAAUCCAGAUGUCUUACUGGUAGGGGGGCUGAUGUUUGGAGUAAGUCGUGGCCAAAAGUUUCAUCAAUACGGACAUGCCCUUAUGGCUGUUUCUAGUCUACUCAAUCAUUCCUGCGAUGCAAACACAACCAGGCAAUUCCUUAGAGAUGGCAUCGCCAUACACGCUAUCUAUCCAAUUGAGCAAGGCGAACAGAUAUUUGACAACUACUUUACGGUACCUUACGCACUAAUUCCGAAAAAAAUGAGACAAGAACUUUUCAAAGAGUGGAAAUUCGAUUGUGAAUGUCUACCCUGCGCAAAAAAUUGGCCCAUGAUGGAAGACAUACCUAGCUUCAAGGACCAACCAUUAACUCGCCAGGUUAAAACCGAACUAGCUAAACUUCCGGUUGAAUCUAUAAUACUGGAGUUUGGCGAACAGAUAAAGACUAACAUCUACUCGUUGGAAACAUUGAAUAAAUUGACUCAUAUGGUUGAAAUGAUUCAUAAACUGGCACGAAAACCUUGCAGAGAAUUGAUGAUUGUAGUCAUGAUGCUGAAAGUUCUGUAUGACAAAACCAUUUUCGAUUAUGAACCAGCAGAUCAACUCGAGGCGCGCGAAGAAAAGCCGUCCGGAUUCGCACACGCUCCCGAGAGUUCUGGUGACUCCUCAUGUCCAACGACUAGAAAAUGGCGGCUCGCAACACCAGCGCCACCGCGGCGAUAUUCGGAAGCGCUGGGCUCCGCAAUUCUCAUUGAGAGCCAAUCAGCAUCAUGCAUUUUAAUGCAAGGAAUUGUUGCCGUAGUCAGUGAACGCUGCCUUUUCUUGCAAGCUGCAUCUCUAGACUUUUCCGUUUUACUUACAGAACUAACUAGUGUUCUGUGGUGUGCAUUAUCAAUAUGCAUGAUCGGAAGAGAGACUGAGAUAUUUAGGAAGAAGAUGGAACUAAAUUAUACGUUUAAGAAAAAUCCAGAAGUGAUACUUGUUGACGAGCUGAUGCUGAGGAAUGUGGAUAUUACCUUAAUGAAAGCUACAGUCUUCGGUGCAUCUUGUUCAACUUCUUAUGAUCACGGACUUGCACUUUUGGCUCUCUGUGGUCUGCCCAAUCAUUCCUGUGAUCCAAAAACAGUUGAACAAUGGUAUACAGACCACCUUGCUCUCUUUGCUGCCUAUCCUAUUGAAAAGGGCGAACAGAUAUUCAGAAGUUAUAUACCCUGUUACAUUGUGAUGGAAAAAAGCAAAAGACGUGGACGUCUUCAGGAUCGAAACUUGAUGUGUGAAUACCUUCCUUGCAAAGAAGCUUGGCCCACGCUCUUCACUCAUUGUAGCUAUCAGCAAAAAGCAGUUACUCAAGAGGGCAAAAUUAUAAUUGAUGACUUUUUGCGACAAUACCUUGUAACACAUGGUGAUUUUUUUUUACAAAAAGACAUCACUCAAAACAUUUCUAACAUUAUCACCGAAGUGGUCGAAAUGAAUGAAUUACUGCAUAACCUUGUGCAGAAACCUGUAGUGAAUUGGACAUGUCAGUUAUAAUUCUAAAAGAUCUUUAUGCGGCAGCUGACAUUGUGUACGACUAUGUACCAGCCGAUCCACUUGGGAUAACAAUUCAGUGCUAAGUAUUUUACGAAUGGCUUCAAAAUGCGCUCUCCAGAAAUUAAAGUUUUCACUCGUAAUUUUCUUUCUUAUUUUUCUGAAUACUUCGAACU